GCUCUCCAGUUGGACCUCGCUAUAGGAAGCUGACCAACUCAGAGUGCCUACUCUUGCCUUUGAUGUUCUCCAUAAGGCCUCCUAUGAUUUUACCAGAAAAGACAUUCAACAAAUAGUAAGAGAAAGACCAUUUCAUUCUGACUUUGCUUCUUUCUUUGAUUCUGGUCAGGUUUCCCAACACCUUGCCUCUUGUUUCAUUAUGAAAGAUGUACAGACUUCAAACCAAAAGGGUAAAAGCUGCUGUAGGGCAGAUGUGGACUUCAAAUCUCUCCAAAAUCAGACAAUCUCUUAAAAAUGUUUAUCAUAAGUGUAAGAACCAGCACACAGAUUCAACUAGACAUCCAACGAUGACUUCCUAUGAUUGUGAUCAAGAUGAUGUUAAUACUGAUGAAGAAAUGAAUCUUAAAGUAAUGCUCCAAGAUAUUAAAACCGCCCAAAUUGAACUCCUUAGCCAAAUGACUGACAUUGUCAGUGCAGUAUCAAAAAUCCGAGAAAAGACGGACUUUCAUCAGAAGCAGAUGGAGGUCCUGGAAACCAGAAUGGAUGUUAAUGAAGACAAACAACACACAGUAACUAAAGAUGUCUUCUCCAUGAAAGAAAACAUUGAUGCUUUAAAGAAGAAGGUGACAGAACCAGAAAACCAGAAUUCUUCCUCCAGCAUCCACUGCUUAGAGACACUGGAAGGAGAAAAGGGUAAAGAGUUCAUAGAACUUCUUCACAAACUCAUACAACCAGAAACUUUGAAGAACACAUCAGCCUCUACAGACUCUGAAAUCUCUUCAGCAGAACCAGAGAAAGUAUCCAGUUAUCACAAGCCCACUGAUCAUCUUGAGGAAAAAACAAUUUCUCCCAAAAUUAAACCUCUGAAGAAAAGUAACCACCAAAAUUCAUUAAGAAGCUUUAAAAAAGCAAAGUCAAAUAUUUAUAUUUACCCAGACUUUAGCACAUGGAUCAAGCUAACUUUUGUUUAUGGAGGAAAGUGGAGAUUUUUCCUCAGUGCUACCAAGUUAGAGGAAUUCAUCCAGUGGCUUCUUUCUAGGCCAACCAUCCCUCUUGAGGAACCACAACUCACAAGCCAGAGAUAUUGUCCAUUCUCUGGGCCUAUUGCGAGCUUGACCAGAAUCUGUCUCUCUGUUUUCAACUAUAUUUACUGUCUUUUUGGUUCCUCAAAAGAGGAAGUAACUCGACUGUAGAGUUAUUUUCUGCUUUGCUUGGCAUAAAAUAAAUGUAACCUGGUCACUUCAAGCA